AUGGCUGACAUACUUACAUUUGCUACUGCAAUGGUAAUUCUACGACCAUUUCCACCACUUUUCAACGCAGCACGUAACCGUCCAGUCACUAGUAGUCCGUCGGAUAGUACCUGCGGAAUUCCGUCCAGAAAUGCCUAUUGUAGAAGUUCGGUGUUUCCAUUCUCUGUGGAGCAGUGUUUACAAGAUUUCUGUGUGCAAACAUGUCCCAAUAGGACAGCCCUACCCACCUCUCUCGAUCUUCUCAUCGUCACCAGUCCCGGACAGGGGACCUGCAUCGCCGUGGAUACAGUGAACACCAAACCAGGCAGUGUACAUGGAGACAAGUCCACCUUUUUUGUGAUGGAAGGGAGAGACUGUUACCUCACCCCAGUAGAAACCCCUGUUGUGGGGCCGGAGGGAUCUGUCACCAUAGCAGUCUGGGUCUGGCAGCAAGAAGACAAUUUGGGGACCCUUUUACAGAAGAUGUCCUCCAGUACACAGGAAAUCAUCCUCGAGCUUCAGAUAUCGAAGCUUGGCAUAGACUUCACCUUCAGAAGUACGGCAGGUGUCUCCACAGUGUCAUUACAGGAAAGCUUACCUCAGAGGAAAUGGAUACAUGUAGCUAUACAGGUGUAUUUAACAACACUGAGUUUUUACCUGGACGGAACAGGACCAGGCUAUACCACAGCAAGGACUGUGGACCUGGGUAAUGCCAUAUUGGACGGUCAAGGUGAGGCCAGAAUCGGCCAGACUCUCUCAGGGACAAACCAGUUUUUGGGAAGAAUACAGGACUUCGUUUUCUUUGAUGUUGCACUAACAAACAGGGAGAUUGUACAACUUUACACGGGAACAUUGCCCGAGACUCGAGCUCAAAACGAAUGUCUCUGUCCGCCAUCUCAUCCCCGCAUCAAACCUAACCAGGAACACUACUGUAUCCCCAACGGAGUUCCUGAUAACCAGGGCGACAGCAUACUCCGUCUAAACAACCAGUCCCACAACCUCCAGUAUAUCAACGACGGGGACAGCCGCUCAAUCUGGAUCUCCAAGUUUCAGGACAGGGUGAACAUUACUGUAGACCUUGGAGAUAAGUUUCAGGUCUUCUACGUUGAGCUGCUUUUCUACAGCCCUAUGCCGAAGGCUGUGUCGAUAGAACGGCAGAAAGAUCUGACAUCUUCCUGGGAGAUGUGGCAGAUGUAUGCUGAGGAUUGUUUUCAUUACUUCAAACAACCUGACAAUGGCCCUUUAACUUCAUCAACAUCCGUCAACUGUAUCAAGUUCGGCUCGAGAGUAGAGGAUGUACCGUACUCUAAGGGAAACAUCACGAUGAGUCUGCUGGCUUCGGAGCCAGUGGCACGGCCUGGCUACACUGAUUUCUACAACACACCAGAACUACAGGACUUUGUGGAGGCAACACGCGUACAUCUUCAAUUCAGGGAUCAUUACUAUGUCGAUACGCUGAGACACGAGUAUUACGGAGUGUACGACCUCAGCGUCACAGCAAGAUGUGAAUGUAGCGGGCAUGCAUUUGACUGUGACACCUCUGUCCUUCCAUACAAAUGUAACUGUACAGCAGACAGCCAUACAAUUGGAGAUAAGUGUGACCAGUGUGACCCCCUGUACAACAGUAAACCAUUUAGGAAGGGGGACCAGAUCAAUGCCUAUAACUGUAAGGCCUGUCAAUGUUACGGCCAUGCUGACAGCUGUGUAUAUGACAAGAGCCUUGACCUUUUCCCAGCUGACCAUGACCUUGGUGGGGGUGGACUGUGUGUCAACUGUCAGCACAAUACAGCAGGACGAUUCUGUGAUACCUGUCUGACUCUCUACUACAGACCUGUGGGCAAGAGCAUGUUUGAUGUGGAUGUCUGCACUCUCUGUCUCUGUGACAUAACUGGCAUCCUAGGCUCUAACACAGACUGUGAGAAGGUAGGCUGUACCUUCCUUCUUAUCACUAUAACAGAGGGAGGUCAGUGCAAUUGUAAACCCAAUGUUGGUGGGCGUCGCUGUGAUGUAUGUAAGGCGGGAUUUUACAGCCUCAAUAUCUCCAACCCAAACGGCUGUAAAUCCUGUGGCUGUGAUGUUCAGGGAACAGUCGCAGCAAACCAGUCCUGUGAUGCCAUCACCGGUGACUGCUUCUGUAAACCAAACGUCAGGAAUUACUUGUUGUAUACAGAUGCGAAGUGUGAUGCCUGCCAGUAUGGGUUCUACAACCUCAGUUACAACAAUCCUCUGGGCUGUACAUCUUGUCAGUGUAACCCACAAGGCUCCACCUCGAGGUUUUGUAAUCCUCAGUCGGGGAUGUGCAGCUGUAAGGAUAACAUAGUGGGACGCCAGUGUGAUCAGUGUGCCCCAGGCUUCCAUGACUUUGCCCAGGGUUGCCUCCCCUGUCAAUGUAAUCCUCAGGGUACUGUAGAGGACACAUUUUGCGACAUCAUGACCGGCCAGUGUGUUUGUAAGGUGAACACCCAGGGACAGCGCUGUAGCGAAUGUCGGGAUGGAAGUUUUGGAUUUGGAGUAUCGUCGGUGAAAGGCUGCUAUGACUGUACCUGUAACUUGGCGGGCACACUUAACAGCUCGUUAACCUGUGAUAAGACUACAGGUAGCUGUAUGUGUAAGAACAAUGUGGAAGGUGUGAACUGUAAUGUAUGUAAGGGGAACACGUUCGGACUGAACAUCACCAACCCUGAUGGUUGUCAGCCGUGUGAUUGUGACCCGUCCGGGACCCAGGGAGGAGAUACUGGGGUCAGUACUGACCUCUCCUGUAACCAGAACACUGGUCAGUGUACAUGUCUUGCUAAUAGGAUCGGACGUCGCUGUGAUGACUGUGAUAAGGGGUAUUACUACAACCCUAACCCAGGAGUUGUUUUCUCUGUCCUUACAGGGUAUUACUACAACCCUAGCCCCGGAGUGGGGUGUAACAGCUGUGGAUGUAAGGCAUCGGCCACCAUCCCACAGACCUUCUGCGAUUCACGAACUGGGCAGUGCCAGUGUAAAGGCGAUAACUCUGGUGUUGUUGGAAGAACCUGCUCCGAAUGUAUGGAAGGAUAUUUCAAGUUUGACAGUUUCUCUGGAACGUGUUCCUUUUGUGAUUGCUCACCUGCUGGGACGGUGAAUAGGAAUCAGACGUGUGACCCAGUGUCCGGUAACUGUGAGUGUAAAAUCUUUGUCACAGAGAGGAGAUGUGACACAUGUACACCUGAUGCUAGUUUCCUGGACGAGGCUAAUCCCUAUGGCUGUAGUAAAGAGCCGACCCAGCAGCCACCACCGUCGCAUGAUCAGAUCAACUCCACCACCCUGAGGCUGAUGUGGCAACAACCAGAUUAUCCUAACGGCAUCAUUAUACAGUACAAGCUCUACAGAAAUGGCACACUGGUGUUUACUGGGAAUGUUACUGAAUACCUUGAUGUAAACUUGGCGGCCUAUGUACGUUAUGCCUAUGUGGUGGAAGCGACAAAUGUUUUUGGAAGUGUCCUCAGCUCACCUGUAACUUUCCGAACUCUACCAGGCAGUCCAACAGGUAUGGUCAUUGUCUACAUCACCAAUGUCCACUCCAGAAGUGCCUCCUUCUCCUGGAACCAACCAGUGAACAUGAAUGGUCCUCUGGUUAAUUACAGUGUGACCGCAGCAAGUCCUAGUCGGCCUGUUCGAAGUGUCCACUGGACAGGGCUCAGUCGCCAGGCCAACGUCACUGAUUUUGUGCCAUUUACAAACUACACAAUCAUUGUGGAGACCUGUACACCAGGGGGCUGUCUAGACAGCUGGCCUGCAUUGUUUGUCACCAAGUCGGACAUGCCGUCCGGGAUGAAGGACCCUAUCAUUACAACUCUCAGUGAAACUGAACUACUCAUCAGCUGGGAACCACCCACAGAGGCUAAUGGGGCUAAUGGUAAGGCUUCAAAUCAUCUACCCACAGAGGCUAAUGGUAAGGCUUCAAAUCAUCUACCCACAGAGGCUAAUGGUAAGGCUUCAAAUCAUCUACCCACAGAGGCUAAUGGUAAGGCUUCAAAUCAUCUACCCACAGAGGCUAAUGGUAAGGCUUCAAAUUAUCUACCCACAGAGGCUAAUGGUGUGAUAAUAUUCUACGAGUUAUGGAUCCGUGGCCAUGCCAUUAAUGGGACACGUGACCCUCAAGAGACCAGGAUCUUCCACCCGAGUGGACAGUACAACCCGCGCCCUACCCUCUCCCCACAGGAAAAUAUCCUUCCUCCUCCAGAUACAUCAUUUCAGGUCACCGGCCUCAACCCAUUUUCCCUAUAUGAAUUUCAGGUGCUGGCUGAGAACAGUGUUGGUAAGACUGCGAGUGCCUGGGUACUGACCAGGACCGGAGAGGCUCCGCCUCUGUUUACCCCCGCCCCUACUGUCACCCCUAUCAGUAGUACAGAGUUACAGGUGAAAUGGACAGGCCCUACUAUGGAGGAAUCACGUGGCACCAUACGGUCAUACCUUCUAUACUACCAAAAGAAGAACGAUAUCAUCCUACUUCCAUUUGCUCCGCCAUUCACAUGGACAUUGCUUAGUAACACAAGUGGAGAUACAAUGUCACAUGUUGUGGACCAGCUUAAAGCUUACACCAACUACACAUUCAUGGUCGGGGCAUGUAACAGCAUGGGCUGUAUCAACAGUACCGAGGGAUAUGGCUUCACGCUCCAAGAUGCUCCUAGAGGGAUGGGUAAGCCUGCUGUAGCGAGCCUCAACUCUACAGUCAUACAUGUGGCGUGGGCACCACCCCUCUACCCUAACGGACCAGAGUCACAGUACUCGGUACAGAAGACAACACCUGCCCUCAGCUUCCCCCCACAGGUAGUGGCAGGUACCAGAUUUCCCGGGGGAGGGUACUAUAAGUUUCCAGCCGAUACCAUCCCCUCCAAUGUGGGUUUCACAGGUAUCCAGCUUUGGUUUCGCACUAGACAGCGAGAUGGUCUGCUACUCUAUGCAGCUUCAGCCGGCAAACAGGAGGAAUUUUUGGCUUUACAGUUCCGAGCGGGGAGGCCAUGGUUCUUGUUUGAUCCCCAAGGUUGUGUAUCAUACGUGGAAAUAGAUCCACAAUCCGAUAGUGACCGUACCUAUAAUGACAACACCUGGCACUUCCUGGAAGCUGUACGAGACGAUGAAUAUGCUGAUAUCACCAUUGAUAAUGAAUUCAAAGAUGCUCUUGAGGAAUUUUGGGUGCUAGAUCCCAGGCUUGAUAAGCUAGUGUAUGUCCAAAACUACUCAAAUUACCUAGCUGUUGCAUGGUGUGCGUCGUUUGUAACGCCCACAAAUGACGAAGGACUGCCCUACAACGACUUCACAUGGCGCCACAUAGUAGCCAAGCGUAUAGACAGGAUGGCCAAUAUAUCCAUAGACGUGUACUGGUCAGGGCGGAGAGAGAACCUGUGUGCUAGUGGAACCAUCAUAGGCCCGAGCUCCGGUCUGUACGUGGGCGGUCUCCCAAAUGACUAUGUGAUACGAAGACAAGAUGAUGACACUCGUGUGCAGAUAAUCCGCCAGGGAUUCCAGGGAUGUAUCCGAGACAUCCAGAUCUUACACCAAGUGUAUCCUGUCGAGGUAUGGAAACCACUGGACUGGAACACUGCUGAGACAAACGACCUUGCCUACUUUAACUGGCAGGGCUGUCCAGUCAACCUUGACCGAGGGUACCACUUUCAGGGUCAGGGAUUCCUGACUCUACCCAACGAUUACUGGACACUAGGUGACCGGCAGGAGCUCCGAUUCGCCUUCCGAACAGAUAUGCACACAGGGCUUCUGUUCUUUGCUCACGGAGGGCCUGGGGUGUAUGCGUUUGUUGCACUCAUUGACGGUUCUCUGUACUUUGAAUUCUCCAAUAAUGUAGCAACAGGCAGUGUGACUCUGAGACCAACUGGUACCAGUUUCUGCGAUGGAAAAUGGUAUGACACUUUGGCAUACAAGAACCACCAGGAAGCCACAAUUACUGUGUCAAAUGGUGGAGGAACGGCAACUCAAGGGGAUCCCAGCUUCAAGCUCAAAGUCCAACCCAUAUCUGACCUGCAUGUCGGUGGAGUACCUGUCGAUUCUGAAGCGUACAAUUUUAUUAUACGACACAAGCUUUCGGCGCCAUUAGAGGAGUUCGGUGGGUGUCUGGCUGACUUAAGGAUUGGAGAGUUUAGUCCAUACUACCUCGUUUACAUGAACGCCAUCACUCUGGUGAAAAUUGUGGAAAAUGUCAACCUAGAUGGCUGUACGCCCUACCAUCUCCCUGCCAUCACUUGUCGUGAAGACGUCGUUGAGUUUAUCUAUAAUGGCACCGAGACCACUCACCUUGAUGCUGACCUUCACCCUUACUCAGACUACCUGUACAGAGUGGUGGCCAGUAAUGAUGCAGGCUGGGUGUCAAGUUCCUGGGGUUACGGCCAGACCAAAGAAGGAGCCCCAAUCGGAGUUAAGCCCCCUUAUGAUGUAACAGUACUGUCUGGAUACGUAAUUACUGCUCGCUGGCGGAGCCCUCUCAUUACCGCUGGUCUCCUCACCAAGUAUAUCCUGCUGGCAUAUGACAGAACCAACCCUACAGUACCCCCAGUAGAGGAAGAGUUUACCAUUGACAGGAUGUACGGUGAGAUAACGACAGCUAUCCCUAGCACUAACUACUCGGUGAGGGUGGCUGCCUGUACUGGAGGUGGCUGUAGUGAGAGUACCACCGGUGUCAAUGUUACCACCAAAGAGGAAGCUCCAGAGGAGGUUCCAAUACCCACUGCUGUUGCUGCAACAACCUUCCUCACCAUCUACUGGGACAUUCCGGGACGUCCCAAUGGCGUCAUCACGGGCUACUUCUUGUACCAAGACGGACGCCAGAUCUACAGUGGUGGUCAACGAAUGUUCAACAUCACAAAUCUACAGGUGUACACCUCCUACCGAUUCUAUGUUCGAGCCUGUACACAAGUAGGAUGUACAGAUGGACUGGCCACGCCCCUCAGUACAGCACAGCUCCCCCCUCAGUUUGUAAAGACCCCUGUCCUGGUGGCUUUAGGUACAACUCGUGUGGAUGUGCGUUGGGAGAAGCCGGAGCAGAUGAAUGGUGUCUUACAGCGUUACUUGUUGUACCUCUCCACAGAGGUCAGCUUUAUUGGCGAGGUCGUCUACAACACCUCCGACUUCUUCACCAACUACAUCGUCCCAGAUUUGACUGCUGGUACCACAUACUUCAUCACCCUCUCUGCAUGUACUAUGGGAGGAUGUACCCUGAGUCAGGCGAGCGAAGUCCUGACCGAGGAAAGUGCCCCUGAGGGGGUCCCUGACCCAGUCAUAACCUCCCCCUCCCCAAAGGAAAUAGUUGUCACAUGGGAUGUUCCCUCACUUCCAAAUGGUCACAUAAUACGGUAUGAGUUAUACCAUAAUGAAGUGCUGGUCUACCAAGGGAUGACAAUGACUUACCAGGUGACAAACCUUCUGCCUUAUAGUCUCCACACAUUCAGGGUUAGGGCCUGUACCAUCCAGGGCUGUGGCUCCAGCCUCAUGGUGGAUGGCCGUACACUGGAGGCCGCCCCACAGGGCUUCAUUGUGAUGUCGAUGGAGGUGAAUGGUCCACGUACAGUCAGGGUUAACUGGAAUCCUCCAAGUGAGGAAAACGGAAUUGUCUAUUACAGUGUCAUCUUUGACGGGUCUUUCUAUGCUGCUCCAGAGACAUGGGACUACACAGUGAUACAGGAUGCCAAGAGUCUGUUUUAUGGCACCAAUCACUCCCAGUGGAUCUCCAUCACCGGUCUCAUUCCCAUGUCAUCAUAUGAUAUUCAGGUCAAUGCUUCCAACACUGGGGGCUACAUCCUCUCCAACAUCCGCAGAGCAGACCUACCCCAGGGCUCCCCUGAUGGUGUAAAGCCGCCCCGCUUGGUAUCGGAGUCCGCAUCCUCCAUUACAGCUAUGUGGGAGCCUGUCGGACGCGAGAAUGCCCAGGAAUCGCCUCAGUUUGUCCUACAGUUCCGAGAUCUGAACAAUGACACUAUGGUGGAGGAUGUAUUUGGUCCUACCACAUCCUUCAUCUACACCACGAAGGACCUGGUGCCGUAUACAGUGUACGAGUUUCGCAUGAAGGCCUUCAAUAGUUAUGGCUACACCUUGUCAAAUUGGCUCUCUUAUCGUACACAACAGGACAAACCUGGCGACUUUGACCCACCAUUAAUCGCAGCUGUAGGGGCUCGAUAUAUUGAUAUGACAUGGCAACAUCCUCUGGAGGCUAAUGGCAUCAUCAAAGAAUACAAGAUUUACCAAAACAGUGUGUUCAGACUCUCAGUGUUAGGAAAUGACACUAGUUACCGUGCCAUUGACCUAGAACCCUUCAUCCUGUACAACUUUGCUCUGGAGGCAUGUACUGAGGGUGGCUGUUCCCGUAGUAACGAUUCCAGCACCGUACGUACAUUGGAGGAUGUACCGGACGGUUUGGAUCCACCCACACUGAUAUCCUUGACACCAACUUCUAUAGAGAUAAAAUGGACAGCUCCUCUGUAUCCUAACGGCCUUGUGAGCGCCUACGAAUUGGACAGACAGGCCAACGGGUCAGAGAACAUCUAUUCCAUCAGGACAGUCCUGCCCACAUCAGCUAUGAUGUAUAUUGAUGAUGCUGCAGAGCUGUCGCCUUUCACCACAUAUUAUUACCGGGUGAAGGCUGUUAAUGGUGCAGGGUCUUCUGCUAGUGACUGGUCAGCAGUCACCACCAUGUCCUCAAGACCAACUGGUAUGUUACCCCCAAAUGUCCAGAUCCUGGGGCCUCGUGCAAUGCGUAUCACCUGGCAAGCCCCACAAAAGGCCAAUGGUCUCCUUGAGAUGUAUGUGGUGCGACUGCCGGACCCUCGACAAGAGAUCAGAAACACCAGUGUGAUGUCACUCAAUAUUACCGAACUUCUACCCUUCAGUACCUUCUCUGUCACUGUUACUGCAUGUACUGAUGGGGGUUGUACUGAGAGCCCUGCUGUCAGUGUGAGGACUGACCCGACUAUCCCUGAGGGUCAGGAUCCGCCCAUCCCUCACCCUGUAUCACAGAAUCUGAUAGCUAUAGCCUGGCAGGGCCCAAGUCUAUCCAACGGGCCCAACAUCAGGUUUGAACUGUCACGUAUGAAGAUUCUUCAACCUCUUAUUACCGACCCUGUGGGAUUAAAUUUGUGGAGUAGUGUGUUUGUUGGGACAGUGACCUACUUUGAGGAUAGAGGUCUGCCAUUGUUUACCACAUUCAAAUACAGAGUGACGGUGUACAAUGAUGUUGGACAGCUCACUAGUGAUGGUUCAAGGGAGGUAACUACGUAUGGUGGAUUCCCCAGGAAGGCAGCAAACGUGACUGUGGUACCAUUGGAUCAUGUGACUCUGCAGGUUGACUGGGAGACCCCUAAUGUGGUAGAUCUACAGGGGUCUGUAACAUUGUUCUCCCUGGUGGCUGUCAGUAAGAUGAGGACAAUCAAACAGGAUUAUACUCCUGACACCCAGGGAAUACAGCUCCAGAACCUCACACCCAACACUGAAUACUCCAUCACUCUCACCAUCACGAUCCAUGGUGACGCCCAGAUCACCAGUUUACCUGUGGUGGCACAGACUCUAGAUGGAGCUCCUGAGGGCCUUGCCAAACCAAUCCUGAGUGUUGUUAAUGAUACAGCCUUGAGAGUAGCCUGGACCAACCCUGUCAAACCUAAUGGAGAGAUUACUGGCUUCAACAUUAUCAUCAACAAUAACAAAAUACCGACUGGCAUGGUGACGGCAGGGUCAAAGGUCAUCACUCAGCUACUACCCUACACUAUAUACACUGUCAAGGUGGAGGUGUGUACAGUAUUUGAUUGUACAACCAGUGAAUCUCAACUGAUCACAACGGCCGAGACUCUUCCUCAGGAGUUCAUCCCUCCUACCGUCACAGCCCUCAGCUCUGUCUCGGUCCAGGUAGAUUGGACACCUCCUCAGCGCACAAAUGGAAUCAUUUUAAGAUAUGACCUAUUCCGCAGCACUAUCAAGCAGUGUUCAGAAAUUCCCCCAGCCACCAUGAGUCCUGAGAUCACUAAAUGUACCUACAUAAUGUGUGGUAUCUUGGAGAACUUGUGUGGGGAUGUGUGUUACUCCGGCCCCAGAGUCUGCUGUGAUGGCGUCCUACAUGACAGUCAGCUAGGCUUUGACUGCUGUGGCCAGGACUACACUGCUAAACAGAAUCCUGGUGAUGUCUGCUGUGGUGGACAGUUUCACAGAAAGAUCAAUGAUUACAAGUGCUGUAAAGACAGAUAUGUGAGGGUUCAGACGGGGGAGGUUUGCUGUGAGGACAGGUAUGAGGACCGCAUCACAGUAGGGAUCGGAGACAAGUGCUGUGGGUCUAUACCGUACUCCUACAUGGGGGCCCAGGUGUGCUGUGGAGACCAGCUGUAUGAUGGCUACAACCAGCAGUGUUGUGGUGGGGCGGUGAUCCCCAGACACAUGGCCUGUUGUGGAGAUGCAUUAGAGGGAAGUGCCUAUACGGCUCGUCCUGGCAUGGAGUGCUGUGGGAUUAACUACGUCAUAAGUAACCAGACUCUGUGCUGUACCAGUGACAUAGGACAUUCUAGGGUUCAUGUGUACAAAGACGAGGAUAUGAAGCUAUCAGCCAAUGAAAAGUGUUGUGGCUUGGAGACAAUUUCAAACAACCUGGAAUGUUGCAAUUUUAUUGGCUACAACCCACUAACACACAUCUGUGCUGACUCAUCCAAUCAGGAGCCAGGGUGUGGGCAGGGAACCAUCUGUCCUCUGGCUGUCCAAGACUUUGCCUUCUGUGACAUCUGUAACUUUGACAAAGGCUCUAAGAUUUGUGGGUCAGUCCCAGGUUACCGUGGUAACAAUCCAUCGCCUAAUCCGACCCCUGACCCCACAGCUGACUGUAUAGCUACAGAGGAGAGAAUAUUUUCAGGAAUGGAAUUGACAUACACAGAUGAUGAGCUAACUCCCUACUCCACCUAUGGCUAUGCUUUCGCAGCAGUCAAUAGUGCUGGAGGCUCCACCAGUAGUUAUACCAAGGUCAUGACCUUACAGGCCCCUCCAGACAAGGUCAACCCUCCCAAGGUCAAUAUAGACCCCUCACAGCUUUAUGUGAUCGACCUCAACUGGAAGUUGCCACAAAAUCCAAAUGGUUUGAUAACAAGGUAUAUUCUGACUCGUGAUGGGAUAGAGCUGUACCGUGGCCUGGCCCAGCAGUAUACAGACGACACAACUGUACUUCCCUAUAGGUCCUACACUUAUAUCCUUACCGCCUGUAACACAGCAGGCUGUACAGCAAGUGACAAGGUUACUGUAGCAACAGCAGAAGGGAAGCCAGAGGAUGUUUUACCUCCUAGUGUCAAUGUACUAAGUUCGUUCUCCCUGGAGAUCACAUGGUCACCCCCAGUCAAACCAAAUGGCAUCAUAUCUCACUACACAGUCAGAUUUGAAAUGGAGGAUGGUUACACCUGGUCCAACACCACCAUGGGGGUAUCUCUGAGAGUUACAGGCCUGACAGCAUACACCCAAUAUAGUGUGAGCCUGGAGGUGUGUACCCAGGGAGGCUGUACGGUCAGUCCUACUGUCCUCUCACGCACCCUUGAGGAUCUGCCAAAGGGUGUCAUACCUCCCCGAGUAGUUGUACUCAGUUCCAUGUCAACCCUUGUCUUCUGGAACCCUCCAAGAUUUCCCAAUGGAAUAAUCAAGUUCUACUCUAUAAUGAGACGAUGGGCCACAGGGGCUAUGUACAUCUAUUUUGGUCCAGGGCUGUUUACCACAGACGACUUCCUGAUACCAGGGGAGACAUACGACUACUUUCUCAUCUGUGGGAAUAAUGCUGGCAAUACCAGCAGCCACCCGACAACACUGACCAUGCCACCCACGGCAUUGGUCAAUGUUCCUGCUGCGCGGGAGGUAACUGUGCUGAGUGCCACCAGUGUGUAUAUAGCCUGGGAUGCCAUUGUAUCUGGACAGAUUCCGAUUGACCAGUACAGGGUCCUGUUAAAUGCUGGUCAAGACUCUGAGGUGGACAAGGGAGUGGGACUUGACUUGUCUACAACAGUGACUGGGUUAAAGCCAAACUUUGAAUACCAGGUGCGUGUGACUGCGUGUCUGGAGGGGGUAUCUAAUGGCUGUGCUACUGGUCCAGCCGUCGUAGUAAACACACUGGAGGCACCCCCAGAAAACCUCGCACCGCCACGUCUAAAGGCCACCGCUCCUAAUGUUGUGGAUGUGACUUGGACCUCGCCUCAACAGCCAAAUGGUGUGAUCACGCAGUAUCUUAUAUACUACAGGGAGGCUGGCACAACAGUAGAUCUUCUCAUCAACAGGGUCAUGGGUGAUGUGAUGACAAUUAGACAUGCUGGCCAGGAUCUCCAGCCUUACACCAACUACGAGUACAAGGUGGUGGCAGGUAACUCUAAAGGAGACGUGUCAAGCACCUGGACGACAGUGCGAACAUUGGAGAGUAUACCAGCCGGAUUGAUCAAGCCUUUUAUUAACUCUACAGGGGCUUUCAGCUUCCAUAUAUCCUGGCAACCUCCAGCAAAUCCUAAUGGUGUUAUCACCAUGUACACUAUACACUAUCGCAUCCUCAGCAACGACCCCACACAGGAGACACUGCUUCAGAUGGUCCAGGUGUCAGCAAACACCCUGACAACGUCUAUCAGUGGACUCGAACCAUUCUCCAACUAUCAUGUCCAUGUGUUGGCAUACAACAAUGUAGGGAACACCUCCUCAGACAAGGUACUGGUACAGACGGCUCAGUCCUCCCCCUCUGGACUGGCAGGUUUUGUGGUGGAGAAGAUCAGUACCGGCACAUCUGUAAUACUGAAAUGGGAUAUCCCUGGAAAACCCAACGGAGUCAUAUCCAUCUAUAACAUUUAUGAGGUAGGCUCUGCCAAUGCUUUGUACAAAGGUCUGAACAGGGAAUUUGAAUUCCGUCGACUUCAGCCCUACACAGAUUACCAUGUGCAAAUGGAAGCUUGUACAGUGGCAGGAUGUACAAUGGGGCCUCCUUACACCUUCACCACAGCAGAGACUCAACCUGAUGACCAGGCCCCACCUGUCAUUGGAAAUGUCACGUCAUCAAAUGUAGUCAUAACAUGGAUGAAACCAGUCAGUCCCAAUGGUAAGAUUUCCAUGUACGAGGUCUUGCGACGAUCCCAGACUCGAGUGGUACGUCGAAGUUUGUCCGCCUCCGAGGUAGUGUAUACGACGACAAACGUUGAUCAGGACAGGUAUCAAUAUGUUGACACAGGCUUAGAGGCCUUCACAGAGUAUCAGUACAGCAUCCGCUCCAGUAAUUCUAAGGGUUUUAUACAGAGUUCCUGGACGGCCGUGUUCACUACACAAGCUGCCCCUGAGUGGCUAGCCCCACCCACAGUCUCCUUCAUUAGUGGCCAUCAGGACAGCCUCAACAUACAGUGGGUACCACCCUCCCAACCCAACGGGAUACUUCAGAGUUACCAGUUACAGAGGAACAACAGUGUGCCUCUCAGCUUCACUGUCAAUGACCCUAUGGAGUUCAUUGAUUCCAGCUUGCUGGCAUACACUUGGUACAGCUACAAAGUUACAGCGUGUACGGCGGGGGGCUGUACCACUAGUGACCCCACUCACUUCCGCACCAAGGAAACAGCACCCCUGCUAGUCUCCCCACCUACCAUCAACACAUGGAACUCCACUACCCUCAGGCUGGAGUGGCAGAGUCCACUCACCACUAAUGGGGAGAUCAGUCUGUUUAAACUUCAAAUGGAUAAUAUGAUGAUAUAUUCUGGACUAGCGACUGUUCACAUUCAGACAGGACUAACACCAUAUACAGAGUAUUCUUUUAUACUGACAGCAUGUACAAAUGGAGGAUGUACUGACAGUGGUGAGGUCAAAGGUCGACCAGAUGAUGACAUACCAAUUGGUCUAAAUGCCCCAAUACUCAAGGUCAUCAGUUCCAAAUCUAUAGAGAUCACGUGGGGAGCUCCAAAAUACCCGAAUGGCAUAAUCAGCUCGUACGAUCUGCGGAGAGAUGGGGAGUUGAUAUAUACAGAGAGUAUCAGUGUGACAGGAUCACUUAGGACUAGUUAUGUAGACUAUAACCUCGAACCUGGUACCGAGUAUUCCUACAUUGUCAUCGCACGCAACAGGAAGGGUAGUGUAGAAAGUCUCAUUUCCAGAGCCACCACAUAUUCUGCCUCACCAAGUGGUCUGAAUCCACCAGUUUUGAUGGCUCUCUCGUCAACUUCUGUCCAAGUUACAUGGCAACCACCUGUACAACCAAAUGGACCAAUCAGAAAUUACACAGUGUUUGAGAACAACAAUGUUGUGUUUUCUGCUGGCCCUGAAAUCCUCAGCUACAUUGUGCCAGGAUUAGAAUUUUGGACUGAGUAUUCCUUCCGAGUAAAGGCAUGUACUGAUAGAGGCUGUGAGCUGAGUGGCGUAACAACUGUCCGUACCCUUGAGGCUGCUCCUGAGGAGCAAAUGCCCCCUAAAUUGUUGGCCCUCGCAGACCAGGAUGGGGCCCAUGCAGGGGUACUCAUUAACUGGGAGCCACCAAUGAAGCCCAAUGGUAUUGUUGUAUCGUAUGAGGUAUACAGGCGACAGGUGAUCAGGGAGUUAACAGGUACCUCAUACGGUAAGAUAGCCAUGGUGUACAACUCCAGUCUGCUGCGUUACUCUGACCUUGACGACACACUCCUGGCCUUUACAGAAUACCAGUACAUGGUCACUGUUGUCAAUCGUGCAGGGAAAGUCAGCAGCGUAUGGUCAGUGGUCACUACAAAGGAAGGACCUCCACAAGGCCUCAGCCCACCAAUCAUCAAUUCGACCACAGCUACCAGUAUAACCAUGACGAUCAUACCUCCGACUAUGCCAAAUGGAGUGAUUCGCUACUAUGCAGUGUUAGUCAAUGGUACCAUGGGAAGCAGCAGUCAGACCUUAACACAAACAGUUGGGGAGAAUGUGGCCUUGAUGCCUUUCACCAGAUACGCCCUACAGUCCCAGGCCUGUACUGGAGGGGGCUGUGCUACCAGUGGGCCCGCCAUAGCUAAGACACGGGCUGCCAAACCAACAGGAUUAGGGGCCAUUCGAGUGGUGGAUACCAACAGCUCAACCAUCCGACUGGGAUGGUCCUACCCGACCAGUCCAAACGGUGACAUCAUCCGGUUCCUGAUCUACCAGCGGAGUGCCUGUCCUCCGACAGACCAGCCAUUUCUUCAGGCAUGUGUGGUGGGCGACCCCUCUAUAGCCUUUGACGGUUUAGCCAUAGAGAGGGCCAUAGUGAGUCUGCUGCCCUACACAGCCUACGAGUUUCAGAUACAGGCAGAGAACGAGGCUGGCUAUGUGGACUUCCCUACCUGGGUCAGAGCAGAGACAAAGCCUACAGCGCCGCAGUAUGUAAAGUUCCCACUACUGUACAUGAAUGGGACAACAGCAGUGUUUGAUUGGCUGCUUAGUUUUAACCUCCUGGGGGAGCUACGUGAGUUCAUCUUGCUGGUUGAUGGACGUGUGGUGUUUCGUGGGGUCAGCUUCAUCCAUCAACUCCCAAACACUGAGCAGGGUCGAACUAUGGAGUUUGUGAUAGCAGCCAUUACCGAGACUGGACAGGUGGAGUCACCAGCAAUUAUCUUUGACCCCAAUGCCAUUGAUAACAUUGGUACUACCCCUAAGCCUACCUCUACCCCUGUACUGCUCAUCCAGAAGAUGUUCUACCAAGAAGUCUGGUUCAUUGUACUGCUUGUUCUCAUCACUGUCCUCCUUAUCUUCAUCAUCAUCGCUCUCUGUCUCCGACACAUCCAUGGUCGCCGUCCAUACAUUCGUGAGCGAACACCACUUCGUCCACGACACAGGAAGGAGUCACAACCAUUCACAUUCAGCAGUAGUGAUGACAGUAUAUUUGAAACAGAAAUGUCUGGUAGGCCGUACCAUGCUAGUAAGCAGGGUCACAUGUUUAGUUCACGAGAGGAAGGAAUCACCAAUCCUGUGUUCAGUAACAGGCGCAUGAUGCAUCUCAACUCCAGUCCUGAAUCCUCAUCCUCAAGAUCAAAGUAUGACGAUGAUUUUGAUGAUGCAUUAGAUGAUGAUGAUAUAGAUUAUCUUUGGAAAAAGGGAAGAGAAAGCACGCUGUUUGGUGAGAGAGAUGAUGACAGUGGUGACCUACCUGCCUAUAGCAUUACAAAGGAACAGACAGUGUUUACAGAUACCCACCUCUGAUCUCCUCUCGUUAACAACCUGCCUUAAAGUGAUUUAUAUAUUAACUUUGAUAUUGUGUUUACACAGUGUGUAAUUUAUAUGUAAUUGUCUGUGGGGACGAUAUCAACAGACUGCAAUGUAGGACUCUGUAAUACUGGCAGGUAUUUAUGUCCGAUAGAUUAUUCAAAUGGAGGAAAAUGUUACUUUCUACCGUACUGUAAAUUGAGAUUGUGUCUUCGUGUAAAUGUGUGUUGUAUCUAUGAUGAGAAUUUGACACUAUACAUCAAAACUUAAAUGUAGAUACAUUUACUGGUGGUAAGUGGACCUUAUGUCUUGUUAAUAUGAAGGCUGAUUAGGGCCGAUAUAUCACGUGUCCAUCUGGAUUAUCUCAAUUAAGGACGUAGAGAUUAAGGAUUCCUAAAAUUUCACAAGGUGAUACGGUUAAGUAUUAUUUACAGGCAUGAAGUAGUGAUUAAACCAACUCCUAAGGUCAAGGUUACUUGGAUUUCUUAAAAUAGAUCUAGAACAGUGCGAUUUAGUAUAUGGAGGAUUAUAGUCAAGCUCUCGACAAGAAGCUACCUUUCUGUGAGUGAUUAACACCUAAGAAUCUGACCUAUCACAUGUCUGAUCACACUGACAAGAUAUAAAUCUGACCUAUCACACGUCUGAUUACACUGACAAGAUAUAAAUCUGACCUAUCACACGUCUGAUUACACUGACAAGAUAUAAAUCUGACCUAUCACAUGUCUGAUUACACUGACAAGAUAUAAAUCUGACCUAUCACACGUCUGAUUACACUGACAAGAUAUAAAUCUGACCUAUCACAUGUCUGAUUACACUGACAAGAUAUAAAUCUGACCUAUCACAUGUCUGAUUACACUGACUUAACGAGAUAUAAAUCUGACCUAUCACAUGUCUGAUUACACCGACUUAACGAGAUAUAAAUCUGACCUAUCACAUGUCUGAUUACACCGACUUAACGAGAUAUAAAUCUGACCUAUCACACGUCUGAUUACACCGACUUAACGAGAUAUAAAUCUGACCUAUCACACGUCUGAUUACACCGACUUAACGAGAUAUAAAUCUGACCUAUCACAUGUCUGAUUACACUGACUUAACGAGAUAUAAAUCUGACCUAUCACAUGUCUGAUUACACUGACUUAACGAGAUAUAAAUCUGACCUAUCACACGUCUGAUUACACUGACUUAACGAGAUAUAAAUCUGACCUAUCACACGUCUGAUUACACGGACUUAACGAGAUAUAAAUCUGACCUAUCACACGUCUGAUUACACGGACUUAACGAGAUAUAAAUCUGACCUAUCACACGUCUGAUUACACGGACUUAACGAGAUAUAAAUCUGACUUAUCACAUGUCUGAUUACACGGACUUAACGAGAUAUAAAUCUGACCUAUCACACGUCUGAUUACACUGACUUAACGAGAUAUAAAUCUGACUUAUCACAUGUCUGAUUACACGGACUUAACGAGAUAUAAAUCACAUCCAGCAUACCUGUAUGGAGGAACAAACCUUCCAUACAAUAUGACCCACCGUUCAUGGACAUCUUAAUUCAACUGAAAAAGUGAAAUAAUUAUAAAACCUGUAAAACAUGACCAAGAAUACCUGAAGACCUGGCAUCUCAAUGUAUCUAUAGUCCCAGCUGUAUAUACCUUGUAUAUGAAAACUGUGGACAGUAAUUUUUUGACCUGCAAAGGAGGAUAUUUAAUUGUGGUUUCACAUUAAUCUUAAAAGUCUAUCUUUACAAUGCCCAUUAUUAAUAGAUUUUAUACAAUAACAUUUAAGUUUUUUUGUACAUGUUUCCCAUCUCUGACUGUAACUGUACAAAUACACCUGUAAAGUUAAUAUAUACAUGUAUUAACUGAAGUUAUAUAUUACAUGUAAUUGAAUCAUAAAUGACAGUUGAUGUGAUAUCAUAAGUUUGUGCAAUAUUGUUUUUAAUGAACAUUUUAUGUGUUGACUACAUUCCACCAUAUAUUUAUUUUCAUGAUAUUGUUUAUAAUAAAAUGUUUUGCAAUAAU